GCUAAAAGCGUGAUAUCAACUUUGCACUUCGCAAAGCUUUCUGUACUGAGUAACCUCAAAGAGGUAUUCGCAGACGAUCAAAAUGGGUCGGCGACCAGCGAGGUGUUAUCGUUACUGCAAAAACAAGCCCUACCCAAAAUCACGUUUCUGUCGUGGUGUGCCAGAUCCUAAGAUCCGCAUCUUCGACUUGGGCAAGAAAAAGGCCUCCGUAGAGGAUUUCCCACUAUGUGUACAUUUAGUGUCAGAUGAGUAUGAACAGCUCAGUUCGGAAGCUCUGGAAGCUGGACGUAUUUGCUGCAACAAAUACCUUGUCAAGAACUCUGGUAAAGACCAGUUCCACAUUAGAAUGAGGGUACAUCCUUUCCAUGUUAUCCGCAUCAACAAAAUGUUGUCAUGCGCUGGAGCUGAUAGGCUUCAAACUGGAAUGAGAGGUGCUUUCGGUAAGCCACAAGGUACCGUUGCUCGUGUCCACAUUGGACAACCAAUCAUGUCAGUCAGAUCCACUGACAGACAUAAGGCGUCAGUCAUUGAAGCUCUGCGUCGUGCCAAGUUCAAGUUCCCAGGUCGCCAAAAGAUCUAUGUCUCCAAGAAGUGGGGUUUCACUCGUUACAAUCGUGCUGAAUACGAAGCUCUCAAGGCCGCUGGACGAAUGGCCCUUGAUGGGUGCAAUGUUAAAUACUUGCCAGAACACGGACCUCUGGCCGCAUGGAAAAAACACAGGGAAACUCUUGCUAAUUAAAUAAGUUCAAUUUAUUGCAAAAUAAGUUUAAUACAAAAAACAUCAAAACUACA